GGACACCCGAGUCAUGGGUGUUUUCGACGAACUUGGUCGAUCCGAGGUCUAUUGGAGAGAUCAUUAUGAAUGGUUCAAGGAGCAGGGGUUUGAACUUCGAGCCCGCUAUAAACCAGGGUGGAUUCCCUCUUGGAAAACAGACCCCACCUUGAAGCCGGGGCUCAGCGAGGAUUCGGAAAUGUUCAAUCGCAGCCACCUCAACGAUGCUACCCGAAUCGCCGACGGCAAGCACGUCGUUUUAAAACGAAUCGAAAAGUCUCAAUAUCCAGAAGAAGUGUCUAUCCUCAGGUAUUUCUCAGAAAAACCACUUGCUUCCAACCCAGAGAACCAUUGUGUUCCUGUUCUGGCGGUCUUGAACCCUCCUGACGACCCCGAGCACGACAUUGCUGUCCUACCGAUCUUACGGGAUUACGACGACCCUCCUUUCGAAACCAUUGGUGAGGUGGUCGACUACAUCGGGCAGAUUCUAGAGGGAUUCGUGUUCCUCCACGAACAUCGUGUUGCACAUCGAGAUGUCCGAAGGGACAACAUCAUGAUGGACCCUCAUGCCAUGGGCCACAGUUCAUGGCAUUUUGUCUGCCCCGAAAAGACGCGCGACUACAGGUCAGAAGUUACUCACAAGUACACGCGCACCGAGCGUAGGCCAAGGUAUUAUAUCAUUGACUUUGGGUACUCUGCCCAGUUCAAACCCGAGGAGAUGCCGCCGUCGACUCUGCCAAAACCGGCCAGCGACACCAGCCUUCCUGAAUAUAACAAUCUAUGGAAGCCGUGCGAUCCAUUUCCGAUCGAUGUGUAUGUCGUAGGAAAUAUGAUUCGUAUGGACUUUUUGGAUGUAGGGGUUGCUUUCUUUCCUUAA